CAAGACUCCGGAAGAAGUCCGGUAGAGGCGUUCGAACGAGAUCUGAUUCUUCUUCCAUGUCAGAUUCUGGUCCUAGUUGUGGUCAUGGCUCUGGACUGGAUUGGGUUCAGUUAUGCUGUUCUGGUGUCAGUGGGGGGAGUUAUUGGUUUUGUGAAAGCAGGCAGCGUCCCUUCCCUGGCCGCCGGGCUCCUGUUCGGUCUGUUGGCCGCGGUCGGUGCUUAUCUGACAUCUCAGAAUCCGAAGAAUGUGUGGCUGUCGCUGGGCACCUCCGGAACUCUCACUGUGGUGAUGGGCCUGAGAUUCAUCAACUCCGGGAAGUUCAUGCCAGCGGGUUUAAUGACUUUAUUCAGCGGACUGAUGCUGGUGAAGAUCAUAACUGGGAUGUUGACGAGGCCACACAAAUCCUGAAAAUACUUAAAUGUAGAUUUUCUGUGUAUAAAAAAAACAUAUAUAUUCCCUCUUUGAAGUGGUCUGUGAGAACAAUUUAAGUUUUAACAUAAUUUUUCUGGAAUAAAUCAUUUUUCUACAACAACC